AUGAACAUAUUUUUCAGGUAUACGAGAAGAACAUGCAAUGGAAAAGCGACAAUACAGUGCGUGGCUCCGGGUUAUGACACUACGCUAGACAUCAAAGGAAAAGGAAAAUGGGAGCGGCUUCAGUCUUCUCCAGUGAUUAGAGAAGAAGUGUAUUGCAGGGAGGGAAAAUGGUACACGAGGAAGGGUGAACGCUUCAACAAAAUCCGCUGCAACCGUGCCCACCGCCAUUCAAGUACAAGUAUUCCAACAAGUGCUAAAGCGACGACAAUCGAACAGAGUUCUCCUAGCACUGCUUUAUCUAAGACAACAACAACUAAAUCCACGGUCACGUUUUCAACGACGACAUCAAAGUCUACUUCGGCGCAGACGACGACAACUAAAGUUACGUCGACUAUUCCGGUGCAGAAAACGACGACAACAACAGCAACAACAACAGAAUUCACUUCAACAAGCACGACACCAUCCACGACAACAGAGUCUACAUCGACUACUACGUCGUCACAUGGAACUACUGAAUCGAUUUCGAAAACGACAAAACCAUCCAAGAUGACUGAUUCUACUUCCGUAACUCUCACGACGACAAGAGGUUCCACAUCCAAAACAGUAUCGUCCACAUUAACAAGAGAAUCGAUACCAACAAGCACGACACCACCGAUGAAAACAGGAUCUACUUCCAUCAAUACGAUGCUUACGGAGACAACAGACCAUAUUUCGACCACUUUUCCGGUGACGACGACUACUGAACCUUCUUCCUCCACAAAGAAGCCCUCGCCUGGACCUGCUUCUCCAACAAUAAAACCGUCGACAACUCCAGGGCCUGCCUCUCCCACAAUAAAGUCGUCAUCAACUGCAGCAAAUGCAUCUUCCACAGUGAGGCCGACAACAACAACCGAGUCUGCUUCGACUUCGAUGGAACCGUCACCAACUGCAGCAAAUGCAUCUUCCACAGUAAAGCCGACAACAACAACCGAGUCUGCUUCGACUUCGAUGGAACCGUCACCAACUGCAGCAAAUGCAUCUUCCACAGUGAAGCCGACAACUACAGCUGAGUCUGCUUCGACUUCGAUGGAACCGUCACCAACUGCAGCAAAUACAUCUUCCACAGUGAAGCCGACAACUACAGCUGAGUCUGCUUCGACUUCGAUGGAACCGUCACCAACUCAAGCAAAUGCAUCAUCCACAGUAAAGCCGACAACAACAACCGAGUCUGCUUCGACUUCGAUGGAACCGUCACCAACUGCAGCAAAUGCAUCUUCCACAGUGAAGCCGACAACUACAGCUGAGUCUGCUUCGACUUCGAUGGAACCGUCACCAACUGCAGCAAAUGCAUCUUCCACAGUGAAGCCGACAACAACAACCGAGUCUGCUUCGACUUCGAUGGAACCGUCACCAACUCAAGCAAAUGCAUCAUCCACAGUGAGGCCGACAACAACAACCAAGUCUGCUUCGAGCUUCGAUGGAACCGUCACCAACUGCGGCAAAUGCAUCUUCCUACAGUGA